AUGGAGGACUCGUUAGGCUACUCUCAGUCACCGUUUCGGGAGGCGAGCUUUCCUGUCAAGUUGCACCAUAUGCUCACAUCCGUAGAAGAGGAAUGCAAUCAGGGGAUUGUUUCAUGGCAGCCUCACGGCAGGGCCUUUCUUGUUUUCGAUAUAGAAGCUUUCGUCAAUGAUGUCCUUCCCAAGUGGUUCCGACAGACCAAGUUCCAGUCGUUCCAGCGACAAUUGAACAUUUACAACUUUAAGCGAAUCUCCGUAGGCCGUGACAAGGGAAGCUACUACCACGAGUUUUUCCUCCGUGGCCAGCCCCACUUGGCCGCCAACAUUCCGCGCAUCAAAUUAAAAGGUACGAGUAGUCGAAAGCCUCUGAUACCUCCAGCGGAGCCCGAUUUUUACUCCAUGCCCUACCUUGGACCCAUACGUGGGCCAGCCGAUCCAAAUGAUUUAUCCAGCGUUGCGUUCUCGGCGUCUAUGAUUGCACCUCCGGCUUAUCAUCUUUCUUCGUUCGGAACUUCCGAGCUUGAACUCCUUGUAACUUUAAGAAGCAUACUGUCCUCCACCCCACCUCCCGCUCCUUCCUCCGCCUACUGGGCCUCACUCCAAACAAAUCAAGGAUCAGGACUCUCCAACACAUGGCAACAAGGUGUACAACACCAAAACGAAGCCUCAGCUCUCCUGCAGCAGCUCCUUUCCUCAAGUCUCUCGUCGCAAGUUCCGCCGGCUAGUUUUGCGCAAAAUCAAUCAUCGCCACAAGACUUUCUCCCAGCCGCUGCAUUCGCACAGCAAUCGCUGACGCCCGAAUAUCUAAAUGUUGCAUUGACGAAUACCUUAAAUCGCCAGGUAGUCGCCCCAACCAGCCAGGAAAUUGCAUCGUUCCUACAACGGCAGCGCAACCUUCCAAGAUCCGAGCCCGUUCCUUCCGAAACACUAGCGGCUUUGGUUGGACAGUCUUCCUAUCAGGCAUCUUUACGGCAACCACAAGCGUUCUUCAGUACUGGGCAACAAUUUCGGUUGGGAGACCGUAAUGCCGAAGGCCAUUUUACCACCGAUUCGGCGGCCACUGCGCAGCUGGGCAGCAACGACAACAGCAGCAGCGGUAACGUGAAUAGGGGAUCAAGCGACUUGCCUGACCUGGCUCGUCUCUUGGUGGCCACAACGACACCUCCACCUUCCAUGGAUGCGGUGGCCCAAGUCUUGUUGUCGGGCCUUGCAUCAGCACCGGCAACAGAAGUGCUCUCGAAUCGCAAGAAAGCUCCGGAAGCCGCGCCAACGGUUCAGCCCCAGCAACCGAGCAGAAGUAGCUAA